AUGGACCCCUCAGGGAGCCCGUUCAGGAGGGUUAUGGAGACCCGGAGCUACUACAGCCGGCCCGUGGGCUCUCAAUCCAGCGGCUACCGCUCCCAGUCGUGGUCCCGGGCCAGUCCCACGUCCGCUGUGAGCUACAAGCGCAGCGUUAAUGUCCCAGUGUCCCGCGCUCAUAACGUAGAGAGCGGAGACUUCAGCCUGAACGGGGAAUACACGCGCUCCUCGGAGAAGGAGCAGCUCCAGGGGCUCAAUGACCGCUUCGUUGUUUACAUCGACAAGGUGCACUUCCUCGAGCAGCACAACCAGCAACUUGAGGCUGAGAUCCAGGCUCUGCGUGAGCGGCAGGUGUCCCGCACGCAGCUGGGAGAUGCAUACGACCAGGAGCUGAGCGAGCUGCGAAUGGCUCUGGAGCAGGUGCACCGCGACAAGGCGCAGGUGCAUCUGGACUCGGAGCGCCUGGAGGAGGACAUCCAGCGGCUUCGGGAGCGCUUUGAGGACGAAGCCCGGCUCCGGGAUGACACCGAAGCCAUCAUCCGGGUCCUGAGGAAGGACACGAACGACUCAGACCUGCUCAAGGUGGACCUCGAGAAGAAAGUUCAGUCUCUUCAGGAUGAGGUGGCGUUCAUCCGGAAUAACCACGAGGAGGAAGUGCGGGAGCUGCUUGCACAGAUCCAGGAGGCGCAGGUGCGCGUGGAGCGCCGGGAUACGCACAAGGCGGACAUCACCGACGCUCUGCGUGAGAUCCGCUCUGAGCUCGAGGGUCACUCGACACAGAACCUGCAGCACGUAGAGACCUGGUUUACAAGCCGGUAUGCGAAGCUGACCGAGGCUGCGGAACAGAACAAGGAUGCAAUCAAGUCUGCGCGUGAUGAAAUCACAGAAUACCGUCGCCAACUGCAGAGCAAAACUGUGGAGCUGGAGUCCGUGCGUGGUACCAGGGAUUCCCUCGAGCGGCAGCUCAAUGACAUCGAAGACCGCCACAACAGCGACCUGGCAAGUCUCCAGGAAACCAUCCACCAGUUGGACAAUGAGCUCAAAAGCACCAAAUGGGAGAUGGCCCGUCACUUGCGCGAAUACCAGGAUCUGCUCAAUGUCAAGAUGGCCCUGGACAUUGAGAUUGCUGCAUACAGGAAACUUCUGGAAGGUGAAGAGACUCACUUUAGUACAUCCUUCCCAUACCGCCAGAGCAUCUCCAAAACCAAAUCAGAGGCCCCCAGGCUGAAAGUACAGCACAAGUUUGUUGAGGAAAUCAUUGAGGAGACCAGAGUAGAAGAUGAAGACAAAUCUGACAUGGAUGUAGCUUUAGCUGAGAUUGCCCAGGAGCUGUCCGCCACUCUGGACGAAGAAGGCAACGAGGAAGGUGAAGAGGGAGAUGAAGAUGAAACUAUAGCCGCGUCCGAAGCUAACAUCAGCUCCAGCGUUCCAGCCGAGGAAGAGGAAGAUGAGGAGAAAGGAGAGGAUGAAGAUGAGGAGGAAGGUGAGGGAGAAGCAGCUAAAGAAGGAGAGAAGGAAGAUGAAGAUGCUGGAGAGGAUGAUGGAGACAAAGACGCUGAGGAUGAAGAGGGAGGUGAUGAAGGCGAGGAAGAAGGGGGAGAGGAGGGAGACGAUGUAGUGGAGGAGACCGUGCUGUGCUCCAAAGCCUCCGAGUCCAAAGCAUCUCCCGAACAAGAGAAGGAGGGGAGUGGAGGAGAGGAUGACGCAGAGGAAGGUGGAGAUGACCAGAAAGAAGAGGAAGGCGAAGAUGAAAAGGAAUCUAAAAGUGGAGAUGAAAAGGAGGACAAAGACGACAGCAAGGAUGAGAAACAGGAGCAGCCGGUUUCCAAGAGUGAAGCUCCUAAGACGGAAUCAAAAACGUCCAAGUCUGAACCUUCAAAGCCUGAAUCUCCAAAGUCUGAGUCCCCUAAGGCUGAAUCUCCAAAGUCUGAGUCCCCCAAGGCUGAAUCUCCUAAGUCUGAGUCCCCUAAACCUAGUUCUCCCAAGUCUCCAAAACCUAGCAGCCCCAAAGAAAGCUCUCCAAAAUCUGAAUCACCUAAAGCUCAGUCCCCAAAGAAGGAGACUCCACCUAAAGAUGUGAAACCAGAAAAAACUGAUGACAAGAAGGUCGAGAAGAAGGAUGCAGCCAUGAACGGAGACGUCGACAAGAGCAACUCAGAGGAGAAAAAGGACGAAGGCAAAGACGUGAUCUCCAACGGCGUCGACGAGAGCCCAGUGAAAGAUGAUGCAAACCAAAAAGUGGUCAUCACCCAAACGGUUGAGACCAUUACCACUGGAGAAGAUGGCUCCAAGCGUGUCACCAAGUCGGUCACUGUCACAGAGACGGUGAAAGAAGCCGAAGAAGAGGUGCAGGAAAAGGUGGUGGCCACGAAGAAGACAGAAAAACACAGCAGCCAGACCGUCAAGCAGGUGACUGAAGCAGAAUAG